CGCUACUCUUUAAGGCCCUGCCUUUCUCUAUCUCUCUCUAAACAAGCUCUAAACUUUCUCUCUCUAAAAUCCCGAAAAACAAAACCAAAAAAAGCUCUCAUUUUUCUCUCCUUCCCUUCACCUAGAAACCCCCCCAAAAAACAGCCAAAACAAGCAAUGCCGAUGUCAUUGUCCUGCACGUGCAUGACCAUUGCCAAUCCAGCAAAGCCAAUGAAGGGCUCGAGUACAGUUUUGUUGAUGAUAAAGAAACAAUCUUGAUUGAUAGAAAAAAGUUUUUAUUUUUCUUUUGGUUUUUUAUAAUAUAUAUAAAGCAUGUCUGAAUUGGUGGCACGUACUGGUCGACUCCAACAACGUUACGAGGGCGGUUGUCGACUUGUUGCCGGGUGUAUUCCAUAUAGAUUUAGAGAUUAUUGUGAGGAUGGAGAUGCUGAUUCAGUGAAGGUUGUGGAGGUUCUUAUGAUCAACUCGCCUAGUGGACCAGGUCUCUUGUUUCCAAAGGGAGGAUGGGAGAAUGAUGAAACUGCCAAAGAGGCUGCUGUGAGGGAAGCCAUUGAAGAAGCAGGAGUUCGAGGUGAUCUAAUGGAUUUCAUAGGGGAUUAUCAGUUUAAGAGUAAAACACUUCAAGAUGAGUGUUGCCCAGAUGGUUUGUGUAAAGCUGCAAUGUAUGCUCUAUUUGUCAAGGAGGAGCUCGAGUCAUGGCCAGAGCAGAGCACACGAACAAGAAGUUGGUUAACUAUACCUGAAGCAGUUGACAGUUGCCGGCAUAAAUGGAUGGAAGAGGCUUUGAAGGACUUCUCUAGCUGGCUUGAAGAUAAAAUGUAAGCUGCAGGAAAGGACCCCGCAAUCCCGAUUGCUUUCUGUGUGCACAAACAAAAGGUUUAAUAGACAGUCACAAGGCUCGGAAGGCAAUUUUCUUUUGGUGCAUCAUGCAUCACCCAAGAAACAAUAGUAGUAAUUUUCAAGAUUGCGUAGCUGCCUGUUUUUGUAUGUCUUGGAAACUCCUCAUUCUACUGACCUUUGAUGUAUUUUAAUUCCGGAAAGUGUCCAAAAUGUCAAUUGUAUAUUAUAGUUGUUUA